AUGUAUAAUAAGAAGAGCAACAACUCUGCUUAUCAAAACAGAUGCGUCCUGCGUCUCAAAGAUUUUAUAUUCUAUUGGGGGCACCGGGCACUGCACACCAAAUGGGUAUACAAGCAUGUCCACGGUGUCCACCACGAAUAUGCCACACCCUUUGGGUUAACUUCUGAAUAUGCCCACCCAGCUGAAAUUUUGUUCCUGGGAUUCGCCACAGUUGUUAGUCCUGCUCUUACUGGCUCACAGUGGCUACCAGUCUGGGAACUAUUUGAAAAGCAUCGUUUACAGACAAGUUGGCCAACAAGGAGUCCCUCAAAGUGUUCAUCUACGCGAUCAGGUCUGAACUAA